UCGCUCAUAGUACUUUCUGACAUACCUCACUCAUAACAGAUCGACAGAUAUAAAAAAAAUAAAUAAAAAGGAAGUAGUCCUCUUUUAUUUUUUUUAUUUUUUAUCUGUUGAUUAGGGCCGGGAGGAAAGUAUUGUUGGGUUGGUUACCUACCUGCGUUUUCCCUCCCACCCACCCCUUUGCAUGCAUUCCGGUUCGGUACAGUGCCACGUCAGCAGUGCCACAUCAGCAGUGCCAUGUCAGCAGUGCCAUGUCAGCAGUGCCACGUCAGCAGUGCCACGUCAGCAGUGCCACGUCAGCAGUGCCACGUCAGCAGUGCCACGUCAGCAGUGCCACGUCAGACAGUGCCACAUCAGCUGUGCAACAUCAGCAGUGCCACGUCAGCAGUGCCACGUCAGACACAGUGCCACAUCAGCAGUGCCACGUCAGACACAGUGCCAUGUCAGCAGUGCCACGUCAGCAACAGUGCCACGUCAGCAGUGCCACGUCAGCAACAGUGCCACGUCAGCAACAGUGCCACGUCAGCAAUGCCACGUCAGCAGUACCACGUCAGUCACAGUGCCACGUAAGCAGUGCCACGUCAGCAGUGCCACGUCAGCAGUGCCCCGCCACCAUGACGGGGGCAGCUCUGGGCAUGCCAGGCCAACUGGCCAACGAGUCCCUUGCCGACUACAAACCGCGGUUCCAGGCUCAGAUUGCAGUGAUCGAGCUUGAGGAACAACGCCAGCUAGCAGCCGAGGCUGCCCGCCUACAGGCUGAAGCAGUGGCAACAGCUGAGAAGCAGCGGCUACAGGCCGAAGCAGACACAGAUACCCUGGCACGCCGCAAGGAGGCCAAGGAUCUGCUGCAGCGGCAUGAAACCGCCAGCAUCGAAAGACUCAAGUUCUGGCACUUUGAACCGUCCAAAGGCGACGACGCGACACCGGAGGAGCUGCACAAGGAGUUCAUGGCCAAACUCGUGACCAGACUGGUUUACACUUGUAACCACCUGCAAUCCGAGCUGGUGAACCUCCAGCGGGCCGUGCGGAACCAUAAGGCUCAGCACGAGGAUGCCACACGGGCACUUGACGCCCGUGUACAGGACUUGGAACAAGUUCCACCAAGACCGGAGGCUGGUGAAUCCAGCAGCGCCCCAUCGGCCCGCCAACUGGAGGAACGCGUUGACCACGUAGUGGCAAUGCUAGGAGAUACCAGUGUCUUCGCAGCGCCGGCCACCAUCAGCCAGCGGUUUGAUGUGUUGGACACCAAGAUCAGUCAGCAACAGCAGACUGACCACAGCAACAACAACAACUCGGCGAAGCCAUACAAGAUGCCGACGUUCCGGAUCGAAAAGUUUGAUGACUAUACUCAUCAAGACCCGGUCGUCUGGUGGCAAGGAUUUACAACGGAGUUGGGGAUUCACGAGGUCCCCAACCAUCUGUUCAUCAACGCGCUGUUCAUCAACACCAAGGGCGGCUGUCAGAUCUGGCUCAGCCACAUGGCAAUCGUCCACGGCGUCCAGAUUUCAGACCUGUACAAGAAGGUCUCCUUGGAAGACAUGACGAAGGAAUGGAAGAAGCGGUUCAUCGUCGACGAUGCCCCGACGCUCACAAUCAACCGCAUCUUCACAAUGACACAAGGCAAUACAGCAACACGUGACUGGCUCACGGAAUGGCAGAAGAUCGCGGCAACGCCCGAUCUCGACUUACCAUUUGCGCAUCUGCGCCGCGAGUUUUAUAACAGGUCAUGUGCUGCAUUGAGCCUUGCACUUGGUGAUCGCGAGCAGUAUACAACUUUCGCUGAGAUCAUUGACAAGGCGAGAGAGAUCAUCAAGACCAACAGGGCAGCUGCACAUGAGAAGUCAACGUGGCAGCCGACCUAUGUGGAGAAGGUAAAGACUGGUCCGCGACCGCAGCACUUCGCUGCAGUCCAAUCGGACAGUGGAGAAGACCCAGCAGCCACUCCAGCAUCACGUGACGGAGAUCAGGAGGCUGUUGUCCAGCUGCGAAGCAACAACAAGUCCCGGAACAAUGGGAAGGCGAAACCAGCAUCGCAGGCCGGAAAUGGACAGCCAUCACCAUGGGUCAAGUUUAGCUUCACCGAGGCGGAGUACAAGUACCACAGCCGCUACGGCUGCUGCUACUGGUGCAACAGCACCAAACACAAGACCUCCCUUUGCCAGGAUCAUGCCAAGGAGGAUGUGCGACCCUCUUCGCCGCCAUCUAUCGUCGGGGAUUCGACGUCAUGGUCAAGAAUUGAAGAGCUCGACCCAUUGACGUUCAUGGACUUCCAAUGGAUGCCCGUUCCCUCGACCGGACAAUUGCCGAAACCGCAUUGCAACGUGCUCAUGGCACAAUUGCGGGAUUACUUGCACACUGCAGUACCGACUCCGUUGAUGGACGUCGGAGUAGAGGUUGUCGACCUUCACGCCUACAUUGCGAAGAUCGACCGUGAGUUCAAGACGCAACGGUACGACGACAUCGAUGCACCAUUGCUAUAUGUACGCAUUCAGAUCGGAGAAGCGACCUGCAGCGCUUUGAUCAAUUGCGGAGCAUCUCGCAACUACAUCAACCAGGACUUCAUGGUGCGCGUCGGCCUUGGCCCACGCGUCCGGAGGAAGUCCCAGCCUACGCAAGUCACAUUGGCGGACAAUCACACGCACAAGUCAAUCGACCGGUGCAUUGACAACGUCCCAGUGUACUUUGCCCCUCACGCAAGUGAGGAGGGGUCCUUUGACACCAAAUUUGACAUGAUCUUGGGCAUGUCAUGGCUGCGAAGCGAGGAUCAACCGGUGAACGUCUAUCACCGCACCGUUCACAUUCGUGAUCAGAACGGAGUACUAGUUCCAUGCAUGGUACCCCUUCCUCAUCCUUCGAUCAGCUGCCAUGUGGUAUCCGCCGCAAGCAUGCGAGCUUCCAUCAUCAGAGACGACAUCGAGGAGAUGGGGGUGUGUUUUCUCGACGCCCUCCCGCCCCAUGACGCUUCAUCGACGGACUCAUCUUCGGAUCCACGCAUCACUGAGCUUCUCGACGCCUACAGCGACGUGUUCGAAGGCCUGCACGGAGUAGUACCGGAUCGGCCCAUCCGCCACGAGAUUAUCCUCGAGGACGGGGCCGUACCUCCGCGCGGUUGCCUCUACCGAAUGAGCGAGGAAGAGUUAAGUGUGCUUCGGGCACAACUCGACGACCUUCUGGAGAAAGGCUGGAUUCGGCCUAGCUCAUCGCCAUACGGUGCUCCUGUUCUCUUCGUCUGGAAGAAGAACAAGGAUUUGCGGUUGUCCAUCGAUUAUCGCAAGCUCAACGCGCAGACGAUCAGAAAUGCCGGCCCUCUCCCACGAAUCGACGAUCUUCUCGAGCGACUGCGGGGCGCCAAGUUUUUCUCCAAGCAGGACCUCAAGUCAGGAUAUCACCAACUCGAGAUUCGCAAGGAGGACCGUUACAAGACCGCGUUUAAGACGCGCUAUGGGCAUUUCGAAUGGCUGGUUAUGCCAUUUGGCCUUACGAAUGCCCCGACCACUUUCCAAGCGACUAUGACAACGGAGUUCCGACACAUGCUGGAUAGAUACGUACUCAUCUACCUCGACGACAUCCUUGUGUACAGCUGGAGUUUGGACGAGCAUGUGGAACACUUGCGCACUGUUUUGGAGCGGCUACGACAAGCCAAGUACAAAGCCAACCUCGACAAGUGCGAAUUCGCGCGGCACGAGCUGGAGUACUUGGAAAGGCAUCCGUCCGCUUGCGGACAAGAUUGAGGCCCUACGAGUAUGGCAUCCGUCCGCUUGCGGACGAG